CUGAGUUUCGAUAGACGGUGGAACUCUCGUGCAGAGAUUCAAACACGCAAAAAACACACACGAAACACACUUUACACGGAGACAUUGCUGCUGUGUUUGCUGAUUAUACGAUGGCACGUUCGUUUAAACGGAUAAUAUUUUAUAUUUAAACAAAUGUAUUGAUAAAUCAGUUCUUUUUCGCGGUAAAGGCCUCAGGAUUCGUGUUUUUUUUCCUGGUGUGAAGCGCGAGCGCUUCCUGAAACCUGCAGAAGAGGCAUUAUGUCUUCUCACCCACGGCGUGUCCGUCUGAAACCGUGGCUUGUCGCUCAGGUGGACAACGGGACGUUUCCGGGUCUCGUGUGGCUGGACCGUGACGCCAAACGCUUCCAGAUUCCAUGGAAACACGCGACGCGUCACACUCCGCAACAAGAGGAGGAGAACACCAUCUUUAAAGCGUGGGCUGUGGAAACGGGUAAAUAUCAGGAAGGUGUCGACGAACCGGAUCCGGCUAAAUGGAAAGCUCAACUGCGCUGUGCACUUAACAAGAGCCGAGAGUUUAACCUCAUUUACGAUGGAACUAAAGAAGUUCCCAUGAAUCCGCUGAAGAUCUACGAUGUGUGUGAUAUUCCUCAAACGCUCAGUAACCCAGGUUCAGUCCCGACAUAUGAGACUGACGGUGAUGAAGAUGAUGUUCCAGACACACCAGAGCCCCCCCCACCAUACCCACCCCACGGUAUGAGUUCUCCGCUGGCUCCGGUUUGGACUCCUCCUGGUUCAGUCUCGCCGAUGCAGCCGCCCAGUUGCCCGCAGCCUCCCGCGGAGGUGUGGCCUAAGAAAGAGCCGCUGGACGUAGAGAUGCAGGCUCCGCCCAUGGAGCUACAGACGCCCACACCGCUGGACAUCUUCGCCACGCCAGAGAUGUGGAUCAGUUCUCUGCCCAUGACAGAUCUAGAGGUGCAGUUUUAUUACCGUGGUAAAGAGGUGUGUCCUCCGGCCAUCGUGAGUAACCCACAAGGCUGUCGGCUGUUUUACGGUGAUCUGGGCCCAAUGGUGAAUCAGGAGGAGUUGUUCGGUCCGAUCAGUCUGGAGCAGGUGCGAUUCCCUUCCACCGAGCACAUUAACAACGAAAAACAGCGUCUGUUCACUGGCCGUUUGCUCGACGUGAUGGACCGCGGGCUGAUUCUAGAGGUGAGCGGGCACGACAUCUACGCCGUACGACUGUGCCAGUGUAAAGUGUACUGGUCCGGUCCCUGCGCCCCGAAUCCAAACGCGCCAAACCUCAUUGAGCGCCAACGCAAGGUCAAACUCUUCUGUCUGGAGUCAUUCCUGAGCGGAGUGAUCGCUCAUCAGCGCGGACAGUCUUCCGAACCACCUCAGUUUGACAUUCAUCUGUGUUUUGGGGAGGAGUGGCCCGACGGGAGACCCAGAGACAGAAAACUCAUCAUGGUACAGGUCAUUCCAGUGGUCGCGCGUAUGAUCAGCGAGAUGUUUUCAGGCGACUGCACGCGUUCGUUUGACAGCGGAAGUGUUCGUCUGCAGAUCUCAGUUCCGGACAUCAAAGACAACAUCGUAACGCACCUCAAACAACUUUAUCGACUCCUACAGACGCACCAGGGGCAGGAGAACUGGCCACUCCCGCCUGGAACCGGGAUUAACCUGCCGUAGGCCCCGCAGUAGCGCAUGCAUACAAGAUGUGUGAUAUGCUUUAUUGAAAAGUACUUAAGCGUUCUAAAGAAGAAUAUUAUCUGCGGUCACUUUACAGUGACAUGGAAACGGUCGAUAACUGUUGUAGUGAGUUUUUGGUGCUGUUUAGUGUCUGAGGUUUUAGUGUGUAAAUGUUGCCGGGUCAAAGUCUAGUGUGUGUUAAUAAUCAACCAAAGCGAGACUCCACACUUUAACUCCUAAACCUCUCUGCUUAUCUGCUGAAAUAUUUAGUAUCUUUCUAAAUACAGAUGUGCUUUUUAUCAUUAUCAGCUGUAAAUAAUAUGUAAUGGUAAUAUUGGUUUAGUUUUCUCGCUUUCAUGAGCUUUUAACCAAGUUUCUGAUUAUUAAUGUACUUUUACUGCAGCAUUAAUGUAACGUAACACAUUACACAUUUAAUCAUGCUUAAUGUGGUUUUCUGCACUUUGGGGUAAAUAUCAUUUAGUUUAACCAUAAUAUAUAUUUGACAUCUCAUAAGGACAUUCAUGUAGAUUUGUGUAAUAAUAUUUUCUUGGAUUUAUCAAAUAAAAUGAAAGAUGUGCACAUAUAUAGUAUUUUUAAGCAGUCUCUUGUGCGAUAUGGGUCAGUGACAAAUAAGGUUGUCCGAAGUGAUAAAUAUUUUAAAAGUCUAGUUAAAAAUGCGUGUCAAGUUCUUAGAAAUGAAAUCUUUGUGUCCAAUUUGGUUUCAUACAUUUUCAUACAUUUUUUAUACAUUUUUUAAAUUAUUUUAUUUUUUUUACAAAAAAAUAAAUACACUAAAAGAAGCUUGAAUGGGCCCGUGAGAAAAAAAAGAAUCAUCAAAAUAUUGAUAACUACAGUCUUGACCAACACAAAAUAGGUGUUGUUUGAAAGCUUAGAAGCUCUACUUUCCAAUGCAUGUAGUCAUUAUGAACAAAACUGAAGUGCUUUGAAAUUUGCAGACAAAUCAGAAGUGUUCUGUUUUUAUAAUUUAUAAAAGUUGCACUGUACAUAUUAUUGCAAUCGGUGAAAACUUCAAACUCAUCAUAUAUCUGUGUGUCAUGUUGUUGGAAAGCUCUCAAAGAGUAGAAUAUAACCAGCCUAUUGUUUAAAUAUAAAAAUAUAGCGAGUAAUAGCUAAGUAUGUCUUUGACAAUUAUGUUGGUGUUGCUUAUAUGCCGCAUUUUUGCUUAUAACUUCACGAAAAAUUAACUGAAUAUAAAAUAUCACAUAUCAUUAUUUAGAGGAGGUGAUUAUCUUUCAAAAGAGACCACACACAAGAUAAUCAGAUGCAUAGAUCAUUAGAUAAUCCACAUGAAGCACAAUGUUACAUAUGGCCACCAGUAGAUGGCGCCAAAUACAUGACAGACUCAAUGAUGACUCAAAUGACACAGAAUGAAACUCAUUCUGUGAAAUCUCAUUACUAAAAUCAUGUCUGCAUGCUAUGCAAACCUUUAGUCGUUGUGUUUGCAUGUGUAAUUAGUUCUUAUGUACAAUUAUGUUUUAUUUGUUUGGAGACAUUUUUGGACACUAUGAUAAAUUACAUUUGUAAUGUUAUAACUUUUGAUUGCUUUGUCGUAUCAACACAAUUUGUUUUUCACAUACAGUUGACAUGAUUGGAAACAAAACAAAAGCAGUUUUUCUGAGCCACCUUAUUUACAUCCAGGUAUAUGCUGUAUAAUGUCAAAUCAGAAAAAUAAGAUCAGUGGUCAGUGUUUGAUAUUUUUGUCUCUCAGGACUGUUCGUCUCCACUCCUCUGAUCUCAGUUCAGUCACACCCGAGCUCCUUUAAGGCUCAUGUGUCUCAGAUAACACUUUGUCCCCUGUGUAUCUGACAGGGACAGUCUCUGUUACUCUUUCAGCGUCUGAGUGUGAUCUAACACACAUGGGGGGACAACAUCUAAACACACUGGCAAGAAACAUUUUAACCUUGUGAUUUCCACUUGUAAAGCCAUAGAAGGCCUCAUAAGUAACCAAAUUGGCCCAGUUGCUUGGGAGGGUAGAGUCACAUGGGGUAACCUCCUCGUGGUCGCUAUAACGUGGUUCUCGCUCUCGGUGGGGCGCGUGGUGUGUUGUGCGUGGAUGCCGUGGAGAAUAACGUGAAGCCUCCACAUGCGAUACGUCUCCGAGGUAACACGCUCAACAAGUCACGUGAUAAGAUGCGCAGAUUGACGGUCUCAGAUGCGGAGGCAACUGAGAUUCGUCCUCCGACACUCCGAGUCACUACGCCACCAUGAGGACUUGGCGCGCACUGGGAAUUGGGCAUUCCAAAUUGGGGGAGAAAAGGAGAGAAAAAAGUAUGAUUUACAAAGAUUUCUACUGAAAUCAUUGCAUGAAGCAACCAUUUAUGAAAGGAUAGUUUUGUAAACUAUUUACGUUGAAAUCAUUGCAUGAUGCGACUUUUUACGGAAGAGCAGUUUCACAAACUACAAUGAAUUCAUCACGUGAUGCAAAAAUUUACGGUAGAACAGUUUUCUGAACGAUUUGCACUAAAAUCGUUGCAUGAUGCCACAAUUUAUGGAAGGACUGUUUUACAACCAAUUCACACUUAAAUGUUUGCAACAAUUAGGAUGACAUGCAACAAUUCACGUAAGAAUAGUUCUAAAAACGAUUUACGCAAAUUAAUUCUGCUUGUGUUUUACUGCGGAGUAUAUAUUGUACACUGCAUAUUGUUUUUUUACAAGUAGUAUGUGAAAAAGGUAUUAAGUAUGCAAUGAUAUUUAUUUCAAACAGUAGUAUACUGCAUCGUCACGUGACCUCAUUACCGUGUAUGUUAAUCACUCAGCGAGUGCCGUCCAGUUAUCAUCUUGAAAUAAAGUUAUUUUGCCAUUCCAGAUCUUCAAAAGCCUCAUUAAUUGGUCACAAAUUACAGAUAAUGGAAUCAGUGUGGAAGUAAACGUUAUUUCUCUCUGUGUCAGUACGGUUCUUUGUUUAGGAGGUCUCAGUGGUUCGAUGUUGUUGGGAAUGACGCGUGAUGAACUGAAGACAGUUUGUCCGGAGAAUGGCGGACGAUUUUACCAUGAGCUGCAGAACAUCAAAUAUGCUCUCGCGAUGAGUACAAAACCAUCAACACUACAAUAAUUAUGAUGUCAUUUAAAUAUAGUGCGCUCCAAAAGUCCGAGACCACACUGAAAUUGUGACAUCGAUCAUGUUUAACUACUCUGUACGAAAUUGUCGUAUUAAAAUACAUAAAUGUAAUAUUAAAGUAUGUACAAAUAAAUGUUUAUUAUGUUCUCUUUUCAGAUGGCCAAAGAAGUGAGACCAAUGAUCUAAGAGACUACAAACAAACAUAC